CCUGCCCCGCCGGCCCGCCGCGUCCCCAACCCCCCGCUAAACCCUACUCGCCGGCGACAGAGGUUUCCCCGAGCGCAUCCGACAAUGGCGUCCCGUCUCAAGUUCGAGAGCUCGUGCGAGAUCGGGGUCUUCGCGAGGCUCACCAACGCCUACUGCAUCGUCCCCGCCGGCUGCUCCGAUAGCUUCGUCAGUGUGUUUGAGAACGAUCUGGCCGACGCCGUCCCGGUGGUCAAGGCGUCCAUCGGCGGCACGAGGAUCCUGGGGAGAUUGUGCGUCGGUAACAAGAACGGGCUUCUGCUGCCAAAUACCACCACCGACCAGGAGCUUCAGCACCUCACGGACAGCCUGCCUGACCAGGUGGUCGUCAAGCGGGUCGACGAGCGCCUCUCUGCCCUCGGCAACUGCAUUGCUUGCAACGACCAUGUGGCGCUCACAAACCCAGAUCUGAACAAGGAAACCGAGGAGAUCAUCUCAGACGUUCUUGGAGUGGAGGUGUUCAGGCAGACCAUCGCAGGGAACAUCCUCGUCGGCAGUUUCUGCGCCUUCUCCAACAAAGGGGGACUGGUUCACCCGCAGACCUCGGUGGAGGACCUCGAGGAGCUGUCGACGCUGCUGCAGGUGCCCCUCGUCGCUGGCACAGUGAACCGGGGAAGCAAUGUCGUUGCGGCCGGCAUAGCGGUCAACGACUGGGCGGCCUUCUGCGGGUCAGACACCACUGCCACUGAGCUCUCGGUCGUGGAGAGCGUCUUCAGGCUCAGGGACGGCCGGCCAGGGGCGCUCGGCGCCGAUGUCAGGAAAUCCUUGGUUGAAAGCUGCUUUCUCUAGGGCCCUUUGCUUGUGUUUUGGCCUGGGGGAUUGAUUAAAGUGGCCGCCAUGAUAUCUCCCUUGAUGUAUCUGCAUUUCUUUCCAUUAAACCUGUUAUGAGACGUGUACUAAGAUUGCUUACUAAGAGAAUCUGGAAAAGCUUUUCGCCAAUCAAGGUAGCAUUAAGCUAAGAAUAAGGCUUGUUUUAACUAAUACAGGGUUCUUUUUUUCCCCUACCGAA